AUGCCACCCAGACGUCCCUAUCAGAAUCAACAACACCCCCGUGUAGGGCCAUGGACAGAGCCGCUCCACCGGCCAUUGAUGUAUCUCAAACGAGCCGGUAAUGCUGGGUCGUAUCCUUUACGUGGUAUCUGGUUCUUUCUAUGCAACCGCGAGUUUUGGCCGCUUUUUAUGAGCAGGAUUCUACCUUUAUCUUUGAUAUCGUUUCUUGUGUACUUUGUUCUCUUCACGUUUACCUUUUUACCCCAGUAUGCGUUCUUAGCGAUCUUCCACGGCUGGGGCGCGUGGGUCAAUGCCGUGGUACUGGUGCUGGGGGAAGGGUUGGUCAUCAUACAGGGCUUAUUCGAGGGUUUCUUCGUUGAUGAAUGUCGCGUGGAUGUAUUUGAUGCAGCGCUCAUCAAGCUGGGACACAAGGACCUUAUUGCACCACAGCGAAUUCUCUUCUUGGAUGCUCCAAACCCCGUCCGGAUGCUUGGAAAGCCCACAACUGACGCCGUCUACACGCCCUGGAGCAUAAUUCAAAUCGUCGAGCUUAUUGUCUUCUUACCACUCAAUUUUGUCCCUGUCGUUGGCACGCCCGCCUUCAUCAUCAUCACAGGUACCCGGCUUGGCAAGCUUGCCCAUUAUCGGUGGUUCCAACUAAAGGGCUACUCAAAGGUUGAGCAGAAGAAAGCACUGAGGGAUCGUGCCUGGGAGUACGUCUGGUUCGGCACAGUUGCUAUGAUCCUGGAGCUCGUUCCCGUCUUGUCGCUAUUCUUCCUUCUGACCACUACGGCAGGAGCUGCCCAGUGGACGGCAGAAGUAGAGGACGAGGACAGAACCUCUGAUGAGAAUGUGCAGAACGGUCAGAAUGCGAACCAUGGUCAAAUUGGGCACAACGAGCAGGAACAGUACGAUGAUCAUCACCCUGAUGCACCCCCUCCCCCUUACACGGACGACUUGGUAUGA